GGCGAGUAUGACGUCUCGGUGAAGGACUGUUACGCCUACGAUAGCGCGGACUACGACGCGGCGACCACCGCACGGUUGCAGUUGUCGGACAAAAACGGGUGCUCACGCAAGAAGAAGCUCUUCGGCCUGUGGCAGAAAACGACCCAAACCGGCGACUCGGGAGCCACGCUGGUGGUACACAACAGCAUCAAGGCGUUCAAGUUCCCCGAUCGGAUGCAGGUGUUCUUGAAGUGUGACAUCGAAAUCUGUCGCGGAGGUUGCGGGCCUCAGGUUUGCGCGGAGGAGAACCUCAUCAGUACGGUCGAAACGAGCACUAGCCGUCCCACG